AGCCGCUUAAGCCGAACUGCAUGUGCGGUGCGCAAUUGUUGCGGUUCACAUGCUGCUUGACCUCCAAUAUCUCAUCCAAAGCAAUAUUCAGAUGAUACAGAAUGUUCUCUGCAGCUUCAAGACAGGUCGCGCGAUCUGCCAUCAGGCAGCAAUGCCGUGCCUUCAGCUCCACGCCCUCUGUUGGCGCGGCCGCUGAAGUCAAGAAGCUUGGUGUCAUUGGAGCUGGUCAGAUGGGUCUUGGAAUAGCUCUCGUAGCAGCACAAAGAGCCAAGGUCCCAGUCAGCUUGAUUGACAGUUCCCAAGCCUCGAUCGACAAAGGCCUCAAGUUCGCUGAGAAACUCCUAGCGAAGGAUGUUGGAAAGGGAAGGUUGUCGCAAGAAGAUGCAGAUGCUGCCCGAGGGAGGUUGACCACCAGCACAAAGAUUGAGGAUCUCUCAGACGUAGACUUCGUCAUCGAGGCUGUUCCUGAAAUUCCAGACCUCAAGGCCAAGAUCUUCGCACAGCUGGCCCAAGUCUGCCCGUCACACGCCAUCCUUGCAACCAACACAUCCUCCAUCUCGAUCACCAAGAUCGCUGCCAGCACAAGCAAGGACCCCACCGACCUAUCUGCCUCAUCUCGUGUCAUCAGUACCCACUUCAUGAACCCUGUCCCCAUUCAGAAGGGCGUCGAGAUUAUCACAGGUCUCCAGACUUCGCAAGACACCGUCGACACCGCCAUUGCCUUCUGCGAGAAGAUGGGUAAGAUCGCCUCGCAGUCGGCUGACUCUCCUGGCUUCCUUGCCAACCGCAUCCUUAUGCCGUACAUCAACGAGGCUAUCAUAUGCUUGGAGACGGGCGUGGGAAAGAAAGAGGACAUCGACAGCAUCAUGAAGAACGGUACAAAUGUACCGAUGGGACCAUUGCAGCUUGCUGACUUCAUUGGCAUCGACACAUGUCUGGCAAUCAUGCAGGUGCUGUACAAUGAUACCGGCGAUUCGAAGUACAGGCCUGCUGUAUUGCUGAAGAAGAUGGUCGAUGCUGGAUGGCUCGGUAAAAAGAGCGGAAAGGGCUUCUACGACUACUAGUUCAACCAGAAAUCCGAAUAGAAAUAUCCCAUGUCA